UUUCCAACAUGGCGUCCGGAAGGCGACCCGAACAUCAAGCACCACCAGAAGUGUUUUACAAUGACGAUGAAGCCCGCAAAUACACAUCAAACACAAGAAUGAUUGAGAUUCAAGUCCAACUUUCUCAGAGGGCAAUAGAGCUGUUAGAUUUGCCAGAGGAUCAACCUAGUUUUCUUCUGGACAUAGGCUGUGGAUCUGGUUUAAGUGGUGAAGUGUUGACAGAGCUGGGUCAUCAGUGGGUUGGCUUAGAUAUCAGUCCAGCAAUGCUUGAUGUAGCAGUUGAAAGAGAAGUAGAAGGAGAUUUGUUUCUUCAUGACGUAGGACAGGGUCUUUGUUUCAAACCUGGAACUUUUGAUGGAUGCAUAAGCAUAUCUGCUCUUCAGUGGCUUUGUAAUGCUGACAAAAAGGGACACAAUCCUGCUAAAAGGCUCUACAAAUUUUUCAGUUCACUUUACAGUUCAAUGAGUCGGGGAAGUAGAGCAGUUUUCCAGUUCUAUCCAGAAAACCCUCAACAGGUUGAGUUGAUUACAACACAGGCCAUGAAAGCAGGAUUCACAGGAGGCUUAGUGGUGGAUUACCCCAACAGUACUAGAGCUAAAAAAAUAUUCCUGUGUCUUUUUGCUGGUGUAGUUGUGGACAAACUUCCAAAGGGCCUUGGCACUGAGGAUUCCAAAUCUGUUGAGGAUAGUGUUCAAUUUAGUGGGAAAAGAGAGAGAACAAAAGUACCACGAGGAAAAUCAAUAAAAAAGAGCAAGGACUGGGUAAAAGAAAAGAAGGACAGGAGAAGACGUCAGGGAAAAGAAGUAAGGCCAGACUCCAAGUAUACAGGAAGGAAAAGAAAAUCCACAUUUUAACCUUAUCUUUCAUGAUGGAAUUAGUCAGGAACUAAUGUGGCAGCCUCUUGGAACAAGAGCUAUUAAUGGUCUUGAAGAUAUGCCCAGUCUCCGUUUCUGUAAGCGGAAGCACAAGUGCUCAGUUAAAUUACAAGGAGUUCGCUGAAAUUAAUCAACAUUACAAUGUGGAACAGUCAAUAAGGUUGUCGCAGAAUGAUGCACAGAGCUACAUAACCAUGCAUGCAUGUAGCUUUAAACUUGAGGAGUGGAGACCCUUUUACCCAGAAUAGCAAUGUGCUGAGCUCUUCAGGAACAUAUGAGGAAGAACAUCCCGCCAUGACCUCCCUCUUUAACUUACAAAAUAUAGAAUAUUAUUUCAAGUGAGGGAGGGAUGAGUGAGUGCUUACCCUUCCCCCC